CAUUUGCCUUCCGCAUUUGGAAAGCGCAAGCGCAUCACACUACACUCCACCCCAUUGCUGCACCCGACGCCGGGGGUUCGGGCUCAUUGACUCACUUGGCCUUCCAAUACAUGCUUCCGCUCUCCGUCUCGUUUCACAAAGCGUACAUGUAUGCCGACACGGGUUGUCUGCGUCUUCCUACAUCGGAUUGCGUCCGCUGCGAUCCGAACUGUCCUUUUCUGAGUCACCACUGGCCUGUACUUUCACGAAAAUGUCGAUCCAACUCAACGAUAUCAAUUGGCCAUUCCUCGCCCCAGCAAUUGCCCUUGGACUAUUUCUCGCAUGGCAUCUCCUCUCACGAUGGAGCAAUCUCAGCACAUCACGAACAAACGCCUCCACGAACGAUCCAUACCAAGACAUCGAACCCCUCGACUUCCAAGACUGGACAGCAAUCGAGCCGAUGAAGAUCCGGCCGUUCAGACCCAAGUUCUACCUAACAAUGGGCCUCGAGAACUGCCCGUUGUCGGAGUACCUAGCCUUCGACAACACGUACCUGGAGCGAACAAAGAUCCGCACAGCCGUGCUGAACGACCAUCCAAAGGAAACGCACGACUGCAAUCCCAAAGUCGAAGCGGCCGUCCUAGAAAUGUACGAAUGGAUGUUCGGCACGUAUCUGCCUAAACGACUGCCAACGCUAUUCAAAUUCGUGCCACGAGAUGCUCUCCCCUCUGAGCCAAAAGGUGCCGCUACCAACAGCGAGAGGUAUCUACACAACACGAUAACGGGAGAGUACAUCCCUCUUCAACCCCCCUCAGCAAAAGAAGCCCUCCGCACGCUCGGCCGAAACGUAGACGACGACAUCCUCAUCCUCCUCCCGGGCUCGGAAGCAGAAGACGGCAGUCCCAUCUACCACCUCGAAGCCUACGUCUGCUGCUUCCCCUCCGGCUUCUCCCUCCCAGAGAAAUUCGGCCUGCCAUUAGCCGCAAUCCACGCCCCAGUCCCCAACUACGCCCCCAAACUCGCCAAAUCCAUGGACCGCUUCUUCGCCAAACUCGAGACGGGGCGCGCCGUCCGCCGCGCAAACUGGUCCAUCACAACGGACGACAAACUCUACACGCAAGCGGGCAACCAUCUGUACGCCAACGGCGAAACGGCAGAAAACACAGCCAUCGACAAAAACGAAAAAACUCUCGACGUCCACGCCCCAGAUCUAGACGCUACCAUCGCCGAGCAAAAGAAAGAAGUGGAGAUCGAGAAGUGUCGGCUGCGGUGUGAGAGGCAGACGUUGCAUCGCCUUCCGCGGAGUCGGGCGCUCGUGUUUGCGUUCAAGACGUUUCAGUAUUUGCUGAAGGAUGUGAAGGGCGAGGAAGGCGGGGAGGUGGGCGAGGCGUUGGCGCUGGCGAUUGAGGGGUUGGAUCGGGGGAAUUCGCCAGAGAUGAAGUUUUAUAAGCGCGGGGUUGUGUGGGGGGAGAAGGUGGUGGAGUUCUUGAGGGGGUGAUUGACAGAAAGAAUUGUAUGGGGGACAUGGGCAAUUUCUCGACGGUAGAUGGGCGAGUGGACUUUGAGCUCGACGACGGAUGCCGGCGAAUGCAAGCCGCUCCACACCAUGCUUCGCGAG